AUGUGCAGUCUUAAGGGACCUUUUAUUUUCGUCAUCUUGUCUCUUACUUUAAACUCCCUGGAAGCAACACCGGUCAAGAGACUACUUUCUUUGGCUUUAUCUUAUGGCACAUCCAACAGACAGUUGUAUCCCUGCCACCAUCUGGAGAAACGGAAGUGCAACACCGCCACUUGUGUGACACAACGCUUGGCAGACUUCCUAGUCCGGUCCAGCAACACCAUCGGAACCAUUUAUUCGCCUACCAAUGUAGGGGCCAACACUUACGGGAAGAGAGGCAGAGAAGUUCCCAACUAUCUACAGCUUUAA